AUGGCGAUCGGCGGCGGCGGGAUCUGGAGUAUCCACGGCCGCGCUGAUGUCACAUCCCGCUACGAGGUCCUCGGCCCCGCGGGCUCCGGCGCCUACGCUGAUGUCUACCGCGGGCGCCGCCGAUCCGACGGUGCCGCUGUCGCUCUCAAGGAGGUCCACGACGCCGUCAGCGCUCGCCGCGAGGCCGAGGCUCUCCUCGCCAUUCCCCCUUCCCCCAACGUCGUCGCACUCAUCGACCACUUCCCCGGCGGCGACUGCGACGACGAUGUCCUCGUCCUCGAGUGGCUCCCGCUCGACCUCGCCGCCGUUGUGCUUGAGGGCGUCACCGCGUGCCACCGCGCCGGUGUCGUGCACCGCGACCUGAAGCCUGAGAACCUGCUCAUCUCCGAAGACACAGCUCAAAGUCGCCGAUUUUGGUCAGUUUUUUGGUUCCACAUUGAAGCUAGGAUACUUCAGCAGACAGCACCUACUUUUCAAGAAAUGCACCCACAUGAGCAAAGUUCAAGCAUGGAAACAUGGAUUCCACAACAACAACCAGCAGUGCUACAAGGGACAGAAGAGGAACCAACAUCUUAUGAAUCAGAUGCUACUGCUGGUCAGGAGCCAGAGACCCUAACUGCAGCUGACUACCUGCAUGAACUGGACCAGCUCCGGGCAAAAUCCAGUGAUGUUGACAAAAUGAGCUUGCAGGAUGGAGAUGCAUCCUGUCUUGCCACGUUCAGUACAGGAGACAUUGAAGAUGAUCCAUUCCGAACCUCCUACUCAUACAAUGUGGAAGGUAUAGGUGAAGAUUCUGGUGCCUUCACUUCUUGUGUUGGUACUAGGUGGUUCCGGGCUCCUGAGCUUUUAUAUGGGUCAACAAACUAUGGGCUAGAGAUUGAUCUCUGGUCGCUUGGAUGCAUUUUGGCAGAACUUCUGAAAUUAGAGCCUUUGUUCUCAGGGAUAUCUGAUAUUGAUCAGAUUAGUAGAAUCAUCAAUGUCCUGGGUGAUAUAACAGAAGAAACCUUUCCAGGCUGUUCAAACUUGCCAGAUUACAACAAGAUUUUCUUUAACAAGGUUGGGAAACCGACAGGCCUUGAAGCAUGUCUGCCUAACAGAUCUCCUACUGAGGUUAGCAUCAUAAACCAGCUAAUUUGCUAUAACGCAACAAAGAGGGUCAGUGCUGCUGACCUGUUGAAUCAUCGGUACUUUACGGAAGAGCCCUUGCCGGCACCUAUAGAAGGAUUACAAGUCCCGGCAUCAAAGGAUGAGGAUGAUGACAGCUCAAUGGAAGAAUGGGGUAAUUACAGGGAUGGCGUCUCGGAUUCAGACUUUGAUGAGUUCGGUAGUAUGGAUGUCACCAAAACUGACAAGGGUUUCAGCAUACGCUUUUCGUGA